AUGGAUCCGUGCAAAGUUUUGCAGCCACACGGCGUUCUAAUAUGUAAAUCUUGCCGGUACGCUUGUCUUAUACAAGAAGUCACUAACCACCUACGUACGAAGCAUCGGCACCUCAGCGCCCAACAGAGAGCAACUAUCCAAAAGGCUGUCGGACGACUCCCCAGCUUAUUCCACAACCAGGACUCACUCAACUUCUUUACUUUACCGGCAUGUCCCGUUCCAGCCAUUCUAGACCUGGCGGGACCUCACUUUGACGGGCUGAAGUGCGAUCGGUGCCAGUAUAUUGCGCGGCAAGACCGUCUUACACAAGAGCAUUGUCGGAUAGCACACGACUGGGUUAAUCCCCGUAAGCCAGGCCGCACCACGAGGGAGAUACCAGCAUUCAGCAAUCCGUGGCGCUCUGGCGUGCCGUGCCAGCGCUUCUUCAGUUCCCGGCGGGCCAGCGGCUGGUUUGAAGUCAUCAUUCCAGACGCAUCUCUCCCCGGCAGCCCCGGCACCUGA